AUGUCCGGCGUUUGGGUGUUCAAGAAUGGGGUGGUCCGGCUGGUGGAGAACGGCGGCGACUGCCCUCGUCGGAAAGUGAUGGUCCACGUGGCAUCGGGAGAGGCCAUCACAUCGUACUCGGUUCUUGAGAGAAUCUUGUUUUCGCUAGGGUGGGAGAGGUACUAUGAUGAUCCGGAGCUGCUGCAGUUCCACAAGAGAUCUACGGUGCACCUCAUCUCCCUCCCCCGAGACUUCAACAAGUUCAAAUCCAUUCACAUGUACGACAUCGUUGUCAAGAAUCGGAACGAGUUCGAAGUUAGAGACACGUGA